AUGCGCACACAACGUCUGGUGGCCCGGCUCUACCUCUUGUUGAUGUUUCCAGCUGAUAUUAUUGGAUUAUGGUGGGCAGUAGGCAGUCCACUGAUCGUGGAUUCGAACACGAUAUGCAAAAACACCAAGCUGCUUGCCGGCAGGCAAAAGACCAUAUGUAAACACGAACCAGAGGUGGUGGCCGAGGUAGCUAGAGGAGCCAGAGUAGCCUUGUUGGAGUGUCAGUAUCAGUUCAGAAACAGACGUUGGAAUUGCACGUCUGCGUCCCGAUCUCUUUCUAGGAUUCUCAAAACUAAGAAUCUGCGUUCGUUUACGCCAUUCACAGCUGCAGGGGUAGUCUACGUGGUGACCCAAGCUUGUAGUAUGGGCACUCUCCCUCAGUGCACGUGCGAGCAUCCAGCCCGCGAUAAGAGCUCAGACGGCGAGUGGGAGUGGGGCGGCUGCGGGGACAACGUGGAAUAUGGCUACCGGAAAUCACGUGACUUUAUGGAUGCACGGAAGCGGAAGCGGAAAGGGGAUUUAACUACAAAGAUUCAGCUACAUAAUAACGAAGCUGGGAGACUGGCUGUGAAAAGUUUUAUGAGACAAGAAUGUAAAUGCCACGGGCUUUCUGGCUCAUGUACUCUCAAAACUUGCUGGAAAAAAAUGCCGCCAUUGAGAGAAGUUGGGAUCCGGCUGAAAGAGACGUUUGAUGGCGCCAUUAGGGUAAUAAUCUCAAACGACGGGAAGUAUAUCAUCCCUGAAGGAAUAACGAUCAAGCCGCCAUCGAAGCAAGACCUGGUAUAUUCCGACCCCUCACCGGACUUCUGUAAAAAAAACCGGGCAGUGGGGUCUUUAGGUACAAAGGGUCGAGAAUGUGAGUCCAAUUCUCUGGGGGUGGGAGGCUGUGAUUUACUCUGCUGUGGUAGGGGUUACUCGAAAACACUGCUGGCGUUUCGAGAGAACUGCAAGUGUCGGUUUUUAUGGUGCUGUGAAGUGAUUUGUGAUACUUGUGAAAGAACUAAGGUAGUGCAUACAUGCUUGUGA